AUGGGUCAUGAUUCUUUUCCAUUUGUGGUGACUAGUGGUGAUUUCAACAGUGACAAUCAAAUAGAUCUUGUUAUCGCCAAUUAUGGCACUAACAACAUAGGUAUACUCCUUGGAACGAAUAAAGGCAUUUUCGUAAAUCAAACUUUGUUUUCAACGGGUCUUAAUUCUCACCCGUACUCGAUUGCCGUUGGUCAUUUAAACGAUGACACUCAUCUAGAUAUUGCCAUUGCUAAUCAUGGAAAUAAGAAUAUAGGUAUACUUCUCGGACAUGGGAACGGAACUUUCAUGAAUCAAACGACAUAUUCACUUGGUGAUGCUUCUCCAUACGCCAUUGGUAUUGGUGACUUUAAUAAGGACAAACGAAUGGAUUUUGUCGUUACUACUAAUAGUACUAAUAAUAUAGCUGUACUUUUCGGCUAUGGAAACGGCUCUUUUGCAAAUCCAAUAUUAUAUUCAACUGGAUCUUCUUCCUCAAUUUUUGUUGGCAUAGGUGAUUUAAACAAAGAUGAUCGUUUAGAUAUUGUCGUCAUUAAUAAUGACACAAGUAGCAUAGAUAUCCUGCUUGGUUAUGGUAAAUUCUCUUUUAAAAAUCAAAAGACAUAUUCAACUGGUUCUUAUCCAAUAUCUUUAGCUACCGGAGACUUUAACAACGACUCUCGAUGGGAUAUUGUUGUUGCUAAUACAAAUGAUAACACUAUAAGCGUGCUUCUCGGUUAUGGUAAUGGUUCUUUUGCAGAUCAAACGAAAUACUCAACUGGCUCUUACCCAAGAUCUGUAGCUAUCGGUGACUUGAACAAUGACACUCGAUGGGAUAUCGUUGUUGCUAAUUUAAAUGAUAACACUAUAAGCGUGCUUCUCGGUUAUGGUAAUGGCUCUUUUGCAGAUCAAAUAAAAUACUCAACUGGUUCUUAUCCAACAUCUGUAGUUGUUAGUGAUUUGAACAACGACACACUAUUAGAUAUCGUUGUCGUUAACUCGAAAGAUAACACUGUAAGCGUGAUUAUCGGUUACGGGAACGGUACUUUUGCAGAUCAAAAGCAAUAUGUAACUGGUGCUUAUCCACAAUGUAUAGCUGUCGGUGAUUUUAAUAAUGAUAACCGAUUGGACUUCGCCGUUUCCAAUUCAUAUGACAAUACUGUGAGUGUACUUCUCGGAUAUGGGAAUGGUUCUUAUGCGGAUCAAAAGAAAUAUGUAGUUGGCGGUUAUCCACAACCUAUAGCUGUUGGUGACUUUAAUAAUGAUACUCAAUUGGACAUCAUCGUUGCUAAUGCACUCGACAACACUGUAAGUGUACUCCUUGGAUAUGGUAACAGCUCUUUUGCACGUCAAAGAAAAUUUUCAACUGGCGUUCGUCCAUCCUCUAUAGCUGUAGGUGAUUUUAAUAACGAUACUCGAUUGGAUAUUGUCGCUGUUAGUGUAUAUGGUCGUAAUGUGAGUGUACUGCUCGGAUAUGGCAAUGGCUCUUUCGAAAAACAAACGAAAUAUUCAACUGGAACCAAUCCAUUGUAUGUAGUUGUUGGUGAUUUUAACAAUGACACACUAUUGGAUAUCGUUGUUGCUAAUAAUUUUGACGGCAAUAUAAGUGUUCUGCUUAAUUAUGACACAGGAGCUCUAGCGCACCGUAUUACAUUUGCUUUUGACAAUGGCUCUCUUUUGCAAAGUGUUGCCGUUUUUGAUUUCAAUAAUGAUAGCCUACUGGAUAUCGUCUUUGCCAAUUAUGGUACGAAUACCAUCGGUAUCAUUCUUGGAUCUAGCAAUGGUACUUUUGGAAAUCAGACGAUGUUCUCGACGGGUUGGAAUUCUCGUCCCUACUCGAUUGCCAUAGGUGAUUUCGAUAAAGAUGAUCAAAUGGAUAUUGCAGUGGCCAAUCGUGGUACUAAAACUAUUGACUUAUUUUUGGGAAAUGGAAAAGGAGCGUUUAACAUUCAAGAGAAUUAUGGCAAUGGUUUUAAUUCCACUCCAUUGGCUAUUGCUGCUGGCGAUCUUAAUAAUGAUGGGUAUCUAGAAAUUUAG